AUCGUGCGCGCAGAUAAUUGAACCAUAUCCAUCAGUGCGCGAUAGCGCUAUCGUCGUCGGCAGUGUUUGGCUGCUUCUCCACUCGUUCAACUCCAGAAGCGACCGCUCCUUCGACCUCACACGCUACCGGUACCCAUCCUUCCGCAACGGUCAAUACGAUGGUGGCUCGCAGGAGUGGUCUGAUGGCGCAAAGCGCCGGAAGAAUAUAGUCAUUGCGUCCUCAUUCCCCUUCCACUUCGACGUCUACAUGGCCGCAGCAAAAACCAUCGGCGACGUACUUGACUCCAACCCAGUGGAUGCGCCGGGCACCAUCCACAUAUAUGCACCGGACUUCCUCUACGGCUUCCAGGAUAUCGUCGAUGAGCUGGAUCUAUGGAAGCAUCGGGGGAUUCGUGGACAGCCCGCCGAUCUCGCCCACCUCCUGAACUCUGAAACAGGAGAGGCGGGCGUCGAGCUGAUCGUAUUUGGGACAUGUGAAACCGACUUGGGCUUUUGGCACAACGACCUUGUCGACGCAUGGGACCGGCGCGAUGCCGACCACAAGUUCAAAAUUGUCUGCAUAGUACAUAACAUUCUGGACACAAAUUGGCAGCGUCACAUAACGCACUGGGCGCGCAGGGAUGCUAUACGGCUCCUCCCAAUCGCAAACCACGUCAAGGAUAGCUUCCGAGAGAGCUUUGACUCCACAGCCGACAGCUCUGACCUCGAGCUGCACACAGCAGGAUAUCAGUAUAUACCGAUCGACGUCCAUGUACCGAUAUUGGAUAUUCCUGACCUCCCUAUCAAACCUGUCCAUCGAGACCUCGUUACCGCCGUCAUCCAAGGCACGCUUGUCGGUGAGCGUCGGGACUACCAUCGCUUUUUCAACGACCUGAUAGCGUCGUUGUACGAGGAUGCGGCAGCUUGGGGAUACCGUCCACUUAACAGCGGAGCCUCUGUUGAGCCGGACAACGAGUCGAACAUCGCGCCCUUCCGACUGCUACUGGUCGGCUCUGGGGGAAUCGAGAUACCGGCUGAAUUGGCCUUGAUCGUCAGCGUACACCACGACCUUUCCUACAAGGACUUCUACAAUCUUGUCGCAAUGGCGGACAUGGUCGUCCCGGCAUUUGCCCAGUUCGGCUAUUUCAGGGACCAGGCGAGCUCGACGGUCGCGCUCGCAACGGAGCUCAACGUCCCCCUGCUCGCAACGGACCGUCUUCGCCGGACGUAUGGGUACAUCGACGACGCGCGCGCGGUCGUCACGCGUCCGGCGGCCAUGUCGGAAGUGCAGGCGCUCAAGGCCCUCAGGACAGGCAACGCAUCGUCGUUCCUCGAAUCCGAUCCGGCGCACACCGGGGUGGCGAUGGGUGAGGUGAAGGGCGUUCGGGACGCCGUCGAGCGGAUGCUGGAGGAGGGUUGGAUCGAGGCCAACAGCGAAGAGAUCGCUGUGUAA